UUUUAAUUUUGACCUGGGGGAGGUCAGGCAUGAUACUGUUGCUGUAUCGCCCCGCUGAACUGAGUUGUGUUCUUAAAUGGUGUAUUGAGCCAGGCGAUGUUGUUCUGUGCACUCACUUAAGGUGA